CGGGAGAAGACGCGCGCGUCGAGAGCGUGAGCCCGCCUGUGAGUCGGAGACCAGCAGCGCGGUUCGUUGACUGUGUUCCGAGCCGUCUCCCGCGGCCCGAGGCCGUCCGUAGCCGCCUGCCCGCCCGCCGGCCGCAGAGCCGCGCCUGCGCAGCGUCCCCGGCCCGAGCAGGCGGCGCCGGCGGCCAUGGCGCACCGCUGCCUGCGGCUUUGGGGCCGGGGAGGCUGCUGGCCCCGCGGCCUGCCCCCACUGCUCGUGCCUGGCGGCCGCAUGGGCCCCACCGACCGCUCCUGCCUUCGGACGCUUUAUCGAUAUGCUACAACUCAGGCAACAACCAGCAGAAAUUCUCUUCUGACAGAUGUAAUUGCUGCUUAUCAAAGAUUCUGUUCUCGACCUCCAAAAGGAUUUGAAAAAUACUUUCCUAAUGGAAAAAAUGGGAAAAAAGCUAGUGAACCUAAAGAAGUUACCGGAGAAAAAAAAGACUCAAAGCCAGCUGCUACCCCACGCCCUUCUGGAGGAGGAGUUGGUGGCGGUGGAAAACGAGGUGGCAAGAAAGAUGAUUCUCACUGGUGGUCCAGAUUCCAGAAGGGUGACUUUCCAUGGGAUGACAAGGAAUUCAGGAUGUACUUUCUCUGGACUGCUCUGUUUUGGGGUGGAGUCAUGUUUUACUUCCUGUUCAGGAGCUCCGGGAGAGAAAUCACAUGGAAGGACUUUGUCAAUAACUAUCUUUCCAAAGGAGUAGUAGACAGACUGGAAGUCGUCAACAAGCGUUUUGUUCGAGUGACUUUUACACCAGGAAAAACUCCCGUUGAUGGGCAAUACGUCUGGUUUAAUAUUGGCAGUGUGGACACCUUUGAGCGGAAUCUGGAAACCUUACAGCAGGAAUUGGGCAUAGAAGGGGAGAAUCGGGUUCCUGUUGUCUACAUUGCUGAAAGUGAUGGCUCGUUUCUCCUGAGCAUGUUGCCCACGGUGCUCAUCAUCGCUUUCUUACUCUACACCAUCCGGAGAGGGCCUGCCGGGAUUGGUCGGACAGGCCGGGGGAUGGGUGGACUCUUCAGUGUUGGAGAAACCACUGCCAAAGUCUUGAAGGAUGAGAUAGAUGUGAAGUUCAAAGAUGUGGCUGGCUGUGAGGAGGCCAAACUAGAGAUAAUGGAAUUUGUGAAUUUCUUGAAAAACCCAAAGCAAUAUCAAGAUCUAGGAGCAAAAAUCCCAAAGGGUGCCAUUCUCACUGGUCCUCCAGGCACUGGGAAGACACUGCUGGCUAAGGCCACAGCUGGAGAAGCCAACGUCCCUUUCAUCACCGUUAGUGGAUCUGAGUUUUUGGAGAUGUUUGUUGGUGUGGGUCCAGCUAGAGUCCGAGACUUAUUUGCCCUUGCUCGCAAGAACGCCCCCUGCAUUCUCUUCAUUGACGAAAUAGAUGCCGUGGGAAGGAAAAGAGGAAGAGGCAACUUCGGGGGACAGAGUGAGCAGGAGAAUACACUCAAUCAGCUGCUUGUGGAAAUGGAUGGUUUUAACACAACAACAAACGUCGUCAUUUUGGCAGGCACCAAUCGACCAGAUAUUCUAGAUCCAGCACUGAUGCGGCCAGGGCGCUUUGAUAGGCAAAUCUUUAUUGGACCACCUGACAUAAAAGGAAGAGCCUCUAUUUUCAAAGUUCAUCUCAGACCACUAAAACUGGACAGUGCCCUGGAAAAGGAGAAACUGGCAAGAAAACUUGCAUCCUUGACUCCAGGGUUUUCAGGAGCUGAUGUUGCUAAUGUCUGUAAUGAAGCGGCCCUCAUUGCUGCGAGACACCUUUCAGAUUCCAUAAAUCAGAAACACUUCGAACAAGCUAUUGAGCGAGUGAUUGGUGGCUUAGAGAAAAAAACCCAGGUUCUGCAUCCCGAGGAGAAAAAGACUGUGGCUUACCAUGAAGCAGGUCAUGCAGUUGCCGGGUGGUAUCUGGAACAUGCAGACCCACUUUUAAAGGUCUCCAUCAUCCCGCGGGGCAAAGGACUAGGUUAUGCUCAGUAUUUACCCAAAGAACAAUACCUGUACACCAAAGAGCAGCUCUUGGAUAGGAUGUGCAUGACCCUGGGUGGCCGGGUGUCGGAAGAAAUCUUCUUCGGGAGGAUUACAACCGGCGCUCAAGACGACUUGAGGAAAGUAACUCAGAGUGCCUAUGCUCAAAUUGUUCAGUUUGGCAUGAAUGAAAAGGUUGGGCAAAUCUCCUUUGAUCUCCCACGUCAGGGUGAUAUGGUUUUAGAGAAGCCUUACAGCGAAGCCACCGCAAGACUGAUAGAUGACGAAGUACGAAUACUUAUUAAUGAUGCUUAUAAAAGGACAGUGGCUCUCCUCACAGAGAAGAAAGCUGAUGUGGAGAAGCAAGGAGUCCUUAAAGAGUGUUGAAAUGAAGAAGUUCAUCAUUUGCGGGAGUGUGGCAGCCCAGGGAGUGGCAGAGACUGGCUCAGGGGCUGGUGCCGGUCGCUCAGUCGGACACAGUGCUGGGGCCAGCACUGGAAGUAGGGCAAAGGCAGAUCUGAAACAAACUGAGAUUUAUUGGUUAAAUGCACAGAGUGAACGAGAAGAAAGCCCUUGAGAUGAUGACUCCUGGUGGCAAACACAGAGGGUGGGGAUCAGUCUUGAACCCAGGAGAACACAAGCAGUGGGCAUUUGCGAAUGAAAUGUGGACAGCAAGUCCAGCCUGGAGAUAGGAUCUGUUGGUGGUCCCCCCAUAGCCAGAUGUAGAAAAGAAGGACCUGAGCCAUGGAGGACUGUGGAGGAGCUCACUCGAGACCCCUAGCUGCAGAGGACAGUGUGCAUUCAUGGAUUCAAGAGGAAGCUUCCACGUGCACACCAUAGAUGCCAAACAGGUCCAGGGAGUUGGACCCAGUUAUCUAGCCUUCUGAACGUACAGUGCAUAUAGUGACAGUGGUAACAAAGACGUGUGUGGGAAAGGGAAAUGGAUUCAGCGGAGUGAGGAUCUGGAAACACUGCGGAGUCCUGAAGUACUGUUUGGCCCAUUUGAGAAAAUUAAAUCUGUAAAGAGUAAUGUUGAGCCCGCCAGGAGAUGGGGAGCCAUCAAGAGGAGAGGUGGCUGGAGACUCUCCUGCUAGGACUAGUGUCCUCCAAAUUCAGGGCCUCAAUUGACUCCUCUGCUGGACAGGAUAAUACAUCAGGGCUAAGCUUUAGGAGAAUAAGAGUAACCAGCUAGCAUCCACCUAUCAUCCACCCGGUGUACCGGGUACCGCUUAAGAUGCAUGAACUUCUCUAAAGCUCCCUGCAGCCUUAGGAGGUGGAAACACUAUCAUCCCAUUUUACAAAAGAAGAAACUAGUACAGGGAGAGGUUAAGUAACUUUGCUUAAGGUCAUACAGUUGGUAAGCAGCAAGACCAGGAUUUGGACCCCGUGUCCUGUCUGCAGAGCCCUUCCCGUUAACCUCCGACCAAGCCUGUGCUGUUGAAUGUGGUUAGUCCCAAGUGAAGUGUGCUCUGAGCACGCUGGGUUUUAAAGGCUUGCUAUGAAAAAAGGAAGGUAAAAUAUCUCAGUAAUUGUUUAUAUCAUUACAUGUUAGAACGAUACUGUGUUUGGGGGCACCUGGGUGGUUCAGUCAGUUGAGUGUCCAACUCUUAAUUUCAGCUCAGGUCAUGAUCGCAGGGUCAUGAGAUCAGGCCCCACAUUGAGCUCUGCACUCAGGCUCAGUCUGCUUGAGAUUCUCUCUCUCCUCUCUCUCUCUCUGCCCCCCUCCCCCGCCUUCUCACUCUCUAAAAUAAAUAAAUCUUUGUGAAAAAUGAUACUGCAUUUGAUAUAUUGGGUUAAAUAAAACGUAUUAUUGCAAUGUAAAUGGUUACGCAUAAUGUGUAAAUAGACAAAUUGAGAGUUAAUGGUGGUCUAAGAAGACAACCUGGUUAUGUUUUUAAGAGUUUUUAUCUCUUAGAAAUAGAGACAAAAAUAUAUAUGGAUAAAAUAUGACAGCUGGGAUUUUCUUCAGGGUAAUCUAGGGAGUAGAUGAGACAAAAAUGGCUCUCAGUUGAGGACUGUCAGUAGUGGCUGCAUGGGGAUUCGUUAUCCAUUUUCUGCUUUUGUGCAUAUUUGCAGUAUUCCAUAAACUGAUAAAACAAUAAAAUUGAUUCAUUUUUUGGUAUCUUUAAAAACAGGGUAUCUAGUAUAAAAGUGCAGCUAAGUCAAAUUUCUAAGUAGGGAGUUACCUUAGAAACUAAAUCUAUUUUAUGAGAUCAGUUGAUAUUUUAACCUGCUUUGCUGUCUUUGUAAUGGUCAGAUGCUCUAAUAGCCAUUGUCCUGCUCCACCCUGACACCCUCACUCACCUCCAUACACAUAGUUGGUCAGCUUUCCCAGUGUCCUGUUAAGAUGUGUACUGUCAAAUUUGUGGUUCAAGCAUAGAAAUGACUAGAACUUCAAGAUACAUGUUUUCGUAUAAACCUUCCUGGUAUCUCUGUCCUUGUCUUUAUUUUUUCAACUAACUUUUUAAAAAUUUCUUGCUUACCUCUUUCUCCCCUUUCCCCCAGCUUGCCCUCCCAGCCACUUUUCUAAGUUUGUAAUGUAUCCUUCCAGAACUUCUUUAUGUACAUGUAAGCACAUAAAAAGAUUUAUAUUCCUCUCCUUUUAAAGGCAAAUGUAGCAUACCAUAAAGGGUGUGCAUCUUGCUUUUCUCACUGAAUAUGUUUCUCCAAGAUGUAUAUAUAACAGAUUCUUCAUUACAGGUGCAUAAUUGUUCAUUGUGUGAAUGUAUCCAAAUGUAUUUAGCCCCUCCCUUACUGGUGGACAUUUGUUUUUUCCAAUAUUUUGUUUAUUUUACUCUAAAAUCCUGGGAUCUUAUCUAUAUCUUUUCAGUGGUCUUAAAU